AUGAUGAUCAGUUCUCUGAGGACAGAGUGGCUGCACCCCAUGUGGUACAUCCAGACCGUCGGGCUUGAUGAGUCGACGAUAAGGUCCAUCGCCAUCACCAAGUAUAAGGUCGGCAGUGGGAUCCUCUGCGCCGCCGACUGCUCGGUGUGCCUCGGGGAAUUCCAAGAUGGGGAACUCAUCUGGCUACUCUCCAAGUGCGGCCAUGCCUUCCACGUCCCCUGCAUCGAUACUUGGCUCCGGGCCCACGUCAACUGCCCUCUUUGUCGGGCCCACAUUGUUGACCCGAUGACGAAGCUCGUCAGCGUCGAUCCUUCCCCUCCUACUACCGCCAUUAUCGUUACUAACUCGAUCGAGGGCUCAAGAUCCUCGACCCCUAUGGACAAUUCCCGUGCCACCUCCCCUCUUAGUCGCUCCCUCCACGCCACCACCCUCCUUGCCCCGCAACCUGCGGAGAACCCCCCACCCCCCGGGCACCAUCGUCACGAGAAUCCAUGA